AUAUAUUUUUUUCCUGUAUUAAGCCCUUUUCACAAUACCGCGAUGCGACGCGACGCGGCGCGAUGUGACGUGACGUCAUACCAAACCAGCCAAUCACAACUACAUCGCCCGCGAUGCGCGACAGCUCACUUGGCGACGAGGCUGUUUCGUCGCUUCGGCGAUGUCGCUAAUGACGUCAGAAAUAACAGCCAAUGAGAAACAAGAUUGUGGUAAAGAAGAAGAAGAACUGAAAACAAGAGUUAAGAAACGAUGUAUUAAUGCAUCUAAGUAAUGUUAGUAAACAACACGUGGAUUUUGUUCAAUUGAAAUGAGUUUUGAAGAGCGUCUGAUUGAUGAAGUUCAGAAAAAGCCGUGUUUGUACGAUGUUUCUAGUACCUAACAAAUAUUGUAAUUAGACGGAGAAAAAUAAUACUUGGUUAGAAAUAUAUUAUAGGCUUCGCGAUUCAUAUCCAUAAUUAAAUGCUUCUACCAGUCAGUCAGUGUACAAAUAUAAUAACAAUCUGAAUAUUACCGCCAAAAACUUUUGUUUACAACCAUGUUGUAAAAUAUCCCCACUGGGGAGCAGCAGCAGAGUGCAGGUUUUUUUCGCCAGCUGCAUGGCGAUCGCGUCGCGCUAUUAUGAAGUGCACUAGCUGGCGACAUAUAUUUACGUCGCUGCCUUCGCUACAUCGCGUCGCCAGAUCGUGUCGCAUCGCGGUAUUGUGAAAAGGCCUUUAGGCAAUGUCAAAUUCUUAAAUUUUAUGUAACUAAAGUUAUAUUUUCAAUUCGUUACUUAACAUCUUACGUACUGUGCAUGAAAAUUAUUGAAAUUUUUGCAGUUUAUAAAUUUGAUACCUAUUUGUUGUGUUUUGUGAUAAGUUGAUACUAUUAAAUAGUUUCCGUAUAACGUAUUUCGUUUUUCCAAAAUAUUGCAAAAAAUUUGUCAUGUUUUGAUGAGUCAGAAAUAGAUUGGCAGGCUUAUAUAGGCUAUGCACAUUUAUUCAUAAAAAAAGUACAUCUCUUACAGAAUUGAAAUGCAAUCAAAAUGAGUCAAUUUAUAUAUGAAUUUCGCUCAAUUAAAAUUGAUUGUUAUCCUUUUUACCUUUUCCUAUCUUGCAAACCUAGCCAACAUUUCUGCUAUGCAGUAAACUACAUAGGUACACCAAUAAAAACCCACACAAGUAUUAUUAAAUAAAUAAUGACAGACAAAGUUGCUUAAAGAUAUUUUGAUAAAUACAUAGAUUGUCUCCAAAGAAUUAAAAAAUUUCUCCCCGAAGUAAUUGCUAAGAAAUUGUGCAUAAAAGUUAUCAUUUUGUAAUGACUUGCAGUAGUUGGGUACCUAUAGAAAUCUUAAUGUACACAUUCAUAAAUGAUUUGCUGAAGCAAGAAACACUCCAUAAAAUUUAUUUUCACCUCUAAGUAUUCACAAAAAUAUGAUACGAGUUGGAGUCAAUUAAGCAGAAACUAUAAAAUAAAAAAGGUGUAUUUUUAAGUGAUAAGUUUUGAAAUACUAAAAAAAAACAUGAAUGUGUAAUCAUUUUCGUAAAUAUUUGUGUUUUUUGUUUUAUUUUUUCCAACAAGAAAUAAAGUUUACAAUUGCAUUACACAAUAAUAAUUUUCUCUGCUUGAAGCAUUUUUUUUGUUCAUAUAAAUGAUAGAAUUUUCCUUUUCUCGGGCAUAACUUUACAAAACAUUUUUAAUUAUUACUUAUGUAUUUAUACAAAUAACUUCCACGUCCAUCAACUAGAGAAAAGAGAUGAACAUAAUGAAAAAACUAACACAAUUUUAUGAGAUAUGGUCUUUCCCUCAUUGUGAUAGGCCUUCUACCAGUGACAUCAUCACUAAAAGCAACAUUGCCACACUUCCAUAAGGACUUUUUGUCAACCCGACAAUGUUGGUUCCGAUAGUCACUAUAGCAGUUUCAAGAAUAGAUAUUUGUCUAUCGGAUUUAAACUGGCGGAUCAUUCCACUAGUGGAAUUAUUUUAACAGUGUGAAGAAUUGGGCCCCUGGGUACCGGAGCUGGUCUUCCUAGGUUUAGUCAUCAUUGCAGAGGAAACAGCCCAAAAGUUUAUGUUAUGUACCUACUGAUUAUUGAAAAUAAUCAUACACGCUUGUCUUAUAAAAGAUUUUAAAAAUAAAUAUUUUUAAAUAAUCUUUUAUAUAGGUCUACAGAAACAAAACAUGAGUAGACAUAAAAAAUUAAUUUAUACAGAAGUGAAAAAAUAGAUACAAGUUUCUUAAAAAACAACAUUUAAAGAGACAAAACAUUACAAAAUAUAUACCAAAAAUAUAAGAAAUACUUAAUAAAACUGACAUAGUCGGGGCUGCGUCCAUCUGAGCCCGAUGUGUCACCACCCUCAACCCUUCCAAUUAGUACCUAUGGCAUUUUGAACCCUCCCCGGUGAUGUACGUGUGCAUAAUAUGAAUAGCGUGCCACAGACUACCACAAGAGGGCACAGGUAGAGCCAGUGCUCCAUCCUCGUAAAUAGUAAAUAAAUAUUGUAAACCUUUUCUUUUGCUUACCCAGAGUGUACAUGUGUUUCAGGUACUCUUAAACAAUAUGAGAGUAUAUUCAAGGGAAAUGAAUACUUACAAUGGACCCGGACUUGCAGAAGGCCAACACAUUGCAAUAUUUUUAUUUGGAAAUGUUGAAACGUAAACUUAUUAUACUGACGUCGACCAGGGCUAACCCUCUCUAAACCUGAUGUGCCUCACGCUGCAGCCGACCCCCCUUUCCUCCCACAGACACCCUCUUAUUUCAAACCUCCUGCCAACAAGUGCGUGUGUGUGUGCAUGUGUCUGGUUGCCCGGCGCGAACCUUUUCGGCACCCACCCUAACUUGAGCAGUGGAGACUUUAUUUUUUUAAAUAAUGUACUUAAUAAUUAAAUAACUUUACUACAUUAUACUUAAGUCUAAAUUAAUUUUUAAAGGGUUUAAAUAUGUUAUGUUUAAUUGUGCUGUUAUAUCAAUAUACUAAAGGUAAAUUUAGCACUUCCUGCGGCCAUGACACAUGGCCCACUGCAGUCUAUUCCAUUCGCCGUGGGGGGUAGGACGUAUCUCAGCACCUCGUCGACUUCAACUAUUGCUCUCAACUGAUCCGUUAUCAUCUGCCAUCGUAAUUAUUUCAAACCUUUUUUAAUUAUCCUUCGAGGCCUACCCUGGCGGCAGACUGUGUAACUUAACUAAUUGAAGCUCCCCGGAGCGUUUUGUAGUACUUGGCGAGCUUGUGCUCUUUUGCAUCUUUUCGCAAAAGAAAUAUAUUGUACUCUCUCGUAAUCUUGUCUUCCCAGUUGGGAUGAUGCACUCUCUUGUUGGUAAUCUAACAUAAUAUUUGAAGAUCAUGCAAGAACAUUUUAUUAGAGGUAUAGUCUUUGACUAUACAUCAGUGGAUAGCUAAAAUACAAAUACAGGCACUACAAUGUUUUGUCCAAAAAAUUUAAGUAUCAUUUAGAAUUUAAAUGGCUAUAUGCAAAUUUUGUUGUGCAUGUGUAAUAAACACUCGUAAUAGCCCAAAAAAUCAAUUUUGUCUUAAUUAAACAUUAUUUGAAAUUUAAAUAAAUCACGUACUUGUGCUUGAAUAUCACUUAAAUGCUACAUUUCACCAAUUCACACAUCUGUUGUAAUGAAAGUUAGGGAGCAUUAGAGAGCACCAAACAGGCUACAGUUUUGUGCUUUCUCGUGCUCCUUCUCUUUCGCACACACUCAAACUGAGACUGUGAGAGAGGGCUCUCUCAUAGUUCUAACAUAGGGUACUACAAGAGUGAUAGCACAGAAGAACACACUAUUGGCAAAUUGAGACAGUUGUGGACUGGAUGCUAUAAUAUGCAGUUUAAUCAGAUGGAAUAAAAUUUAUUUGUCGUGAUUUAUCUUCAUUAGUUGGAAACAGUUUCUGUUCGGUCUGUUUUGUAAUUUUUUUAAUAGUUUUUGCGUGUUAAAGUUUGUUUCUUCUUUCAUAAUAUUGCUGACAGUAUUUUACAUAACAUAUUUUACAUAUCCUUUGUAAAUAAAAAAAUAAAAUAUGUACACAGUAGGGGUUCACCCAGAAAUUUUUGCAAGUAGGAAACAUGGUAGACGUUACAGUAAGUGGGAGGGUUUUCUCCAGGUGCUUCAAUUUCCACCACCAAUGCAUUCACCCCUGCUCUACCCAUAUUACUUCACCAUCAAUGUCUAGGAGACAUAAAGCUUCAUCGCCCUAUCCCCCCUUAUCAAGGAGGGUGCAUCGGAUAAUUUUAAAUCAUAGAUAAUCUGCUCUUAUUAUGGUUGUUGAGCAGCUUAUUGCGAGAAUGUUGUAAGAUUUGUUAGUGAAACGUUAACGUAAUUAAAUAGUUGAAGUCCACCAAACAUAUUUUGUAUAGUUUAAAAUUUUCAACCUUCAUCAUCAAAGGAAGCUUAAACAUUGAGCCAGUCAAAACUUAACAGCAAGAGGCCUACACAAAUCAUCUUCAAUGACUUGUUGCAAGAAAAUGAGUGAGUUUAUUGUUUUAAUAGUAACUUAUUUCAUUAGUCACAUGCCUUAAAAAUAAACUGAUACUACGUAAGGGAUAGUUCAAUGUCUUGCUGUCGCAAAAAAAGCAUAAAACCAGAAUGAUGAAAAAGAUUUUAGCAAAAUUUUCAGUAGCUUUUACAGAAAAGUUUGUAAACAUGUUUUUGAGAUAUGAAUUAAUUUUAUUAGGUAUACGUCAAUUAAAUAUUACCAUAUAUAUGUGCAAAAUUGUUCUAUUCUUGUGACAAAAAUAAAGCGUAUAAAUAAUGAUGGAUACCUAGCUCUAGGAAGUGGGUAGCGUUAAAUCCAUUUUAGCAACCAUGUUACUAGCUUGUGGCAACAAAAUAAAAAGUUUUACUCAAAAAAUAUAAUGUAAUUAAUUUAUGUUUUAUGAACAAAACUUCACUCCAGACUGGCUUUUAUGAUACCUCGGUUUUGCCAAAAGAAAUCAAAAUUACCGAGUGUUGCUUUUUUUUUUUACGACAGAAAAAAUACCACUGUGUUGCGACUGCUACCUUGAAACUAUGCAGACCACUUAUCACUCGUGUGAGUCACAGAACAGCCGUGUCAUGCCGGUGCCAAUCUGAGCGCGGUUCACAAGGGCAGUAGAACACGAGCGCGCGCGGCAUGCAGGGAUGCGUUUAUCAUUUGCUCUAGCAGCUUUGAAGUUCAUGAUGCAUACUAACACUUACCAACUAUGAGCACUUUGUUUCCAGCAUUUUUCAUCUUGAAUCACAGCUCUGUCACAUUAAUCAAUCAAAAAAUUAAAAUAAUAAAUAGUAAAAAAAUUUUUAUGAGUUUAUGGUUUAUGGAAGUAAAAUAUGGCACUGUUAACCUGCAAACUGGUUAGCCAGCACCUGGAUAAUCAGGAAUAUAUUUUAUACAAACUAAGGACUUAUUUUUUUCUUUAUAUGCCAUUCAUUGCUCUAUUUACCUGUUUGAAGAAAACUGCAUACAAUCUUGUGAGCUGUGAGAGAUUGAGUGUAAUGAAAUGUUAAAAUAGGUAUAUAAAAUAUUUUUGAGUCAUACUUAAAAAUUAUAUAACUGACAACUGGCCAUAUAUACAAGUAUUUUUUUUUUCCAGUACACUUUUUAUUUUUUUGAGAAUUUAUAAUCUGACAGAUUUUUAUAUCAGCUGCACCAAUAAGCUGCUCAAACACUUAAUUUACAGUUCAAAGUAUGUUUUCUGCUACAGAUUUAAAAAAAAAAUUAUUGGGACAAAAAUAUUGCACCUCUCUUUUUGCAUUGCCAAUAGCUAAUAGGAAAUAUGAUUUCAAUAAAUAGAAUGUUGUUUUAGGUUCUGUGUCUUUUAAUGCCAUGAAGGAUGUACCCACCUUUGAUGUGAUGAUUUGUGAAAAAGUUAAAUAAAGGUUUGUUUCCAGCUGUAACAGUUGUAUUAACCAAACAGUAUUCAGAUCAUAAAAUAGAAGCUGCUUAAAUUUUUUGCCAGUAAAGAUAAAGCAUUUAAUAUAAAUCAAUUAUAGGGGAAUCAAGUCUGUAACCACAUAUUCUGUAAAUAAAUGCAAUUUGUUGCAUUCAACACAUUUUUGCUUCAUCUCCACGGCACUAUUGAUUUCUUCUUCCAGGAAGUGUGUGCCAGUGACUCACGGCUCAAGUGCUGAAAAUCAAUAGGCACUGCAAAUAGUUUUGUGCAGUCGGAAAGCAUAUCAUUUUCUGACUACAUAUACUAUCAGCUCUGGUGUUGGAUCAAAUUUCAGGAUGAGAGAAACAACUGCAUCAGUGAUACAAUGAUAUAUGAUUGAAAUUUUCUGAGUCAUGGAAACAACACAUCGUUCCUUGUACACUACAUCAAGCUCGAACAAGAUAACAGUUCCUUUCUAUGCCCCUCCACGAGGAUGCAAAAAAACCAGUGCAGAGAUUAUCAGUGAAGCUCGGGCUGCCAUGACACAUGAGUAUGCAACCAAUCAAAGCAUAAGAAGCUCGAGAAUGGCAGCCAGAAUCAGACCAGUGAACACUAAGCGGCCAUUCACGCCACAGGAAAGAGAACGGACCCUAUUUGGUGGGUCCAAGAAGUUUACCUGUCGUCCACCGAGUUCUUUCAGCUUAGACUGUUUGCUGUUUCAAGAACCAGACCACACCCCCAUAACUUCACCGCACAUGAAGAAACCUAAUCCACUGACCUUCUGCUCAUCUUUACCUUCUGAUAUUGAUGCAAGCUCAUCUUCAGCAGAUUUCGUGAUGUGGAAAAAUUGGUUUCGCAACAAUAGCGCAGCACUCCGUUUGUCCUAUUACGCCCCACCGAUGUCUGCUUCCAGUACUGCUGCAUCUAAGUUCAGACUACCUUCCAUUCAAUGGGAUGCUAAACAUCAAAGCAAGUCGAGGCAGCUUUCUACAACCGGAUCUCUUAGAAACUUACCUGAAGAAAUAGAGGAUGAAAAUGGGGCAUUUGAAUAUGACAAUCACCAAGAAUUGCCACCUCCCCGCAAGGCCUACAGUAGCCCAACACAGCGCACACAAAAUGUUUUCGAUGGAGAGUUUAACGCUAAUGUGAGUGUUGUGCAGGAGCCAACGACAGCUAAGAAGCUGCAUCAAAAUGUAAAAUUUAAAAACCAAGUUUAUCCAUGUGUAAACUCGUCACAAGAAAAACAUUCUGAUAAUUGUAAUGAAUUAUUUAUAAUUAAAAGUAAACUACCAAAGAUACAGAAACAAAUACACAUCAAAGAAGAACCCUCAUUGAAAGAGAACAUUGGGAAAUUAGUAUUUAAUAAAGAAGAAACCCCAUGCAUUGAAAACUCAAGUUUCAGUGCUGAGUGCCUUGAUGAAUACAGCCAACGAAUAACAUCAGGUAGUAACUCUGAUGAUAAAGUGAUCCCCCACUCACAAAUGUAUGUUGAAAUGUCCUCGCUGUCAAAAGUAAAAGAUGUAUAUAGAGACCAUAAACAUUUAGAAGAAAAAGAAAAAUUAUCCAUUUCGACCAUUUCCCUAACAGAAGAUUCUGACAUAUUUCUCAAAUCGGCUGUAGUUGAUAAAGGUUGUUCCAAUAUACAAGUAAAAAAAUCUGUAAAUAAAAAAGUGAAUCAAAUGGGGUUAGUUCUUAACAAAAGUAAUACAGCAUCAGAAAAAGGUGAAACACUUUCACCAGAACCCAAAAUGGUACAAGAUGAAAAAGAAACAUUUCAAACUAUCCUGAGGGCAGUGACCAGCCUACUUGAUAAUGAAGAAAAGGAGAGAGAAUCUUUACUGAUACAAAUGCUGAAACGGCUGUUCAUCUGUCUGGAAUCAGAAGGAGUUAUUGGAAGUAAAGUUUGCAAUAGAAAAGUGAAACCACAAGUUCUGAAAGUAUUGUAUAAACUUGUUGAAUCUUCAAGUGAUUUGGUGGUCUUAGAAGUGGCAAGAAUAAUGCUUGCGCUUCGAGUUACUGGCAGCAACUUGACAGGCGUCUGCAAACUUAUCUUUAAAGUCUCCCGCAAUGACAAAAAUGACACAUACUUCCUCAGUGGAAACAUUUUAGAAAUGUUUGUUGAAGCACUGGGCUCUGCCAGUCCAUUGGAUGAUGCUGAGGCCUGUGUGUAUGGAUAUGGUGCCCUGAAGUUCCUAACAAUGAACAAUGUCCUUCUGGAGAAAGUCAUACAUUUGGGCAUCUUGGAACUAAUGGUACUGCACAUGAAAAUCAUCAAUGCGUCGCGCCAGGAAAGUGCAAGUAUCCCAGAACAGACAAACCAUGCUUUGUUUCAAUUGACUGGAGCAUUACGAAAUGUGGCUGGUGAAGAAAAUAUGUUAUUAAACUUCAUUGAAACAGGCACAGUUGCUGAGCUGUGCACAUCCUUGGAUCUUUUCUCGUCUGAUCUCGAUGUUGUCAGCAACAUUUCACGCACCUUCAGCGUUAUCUCAGCACAAGAUGAGUGUUGUGCAGCCAUUGUGAAUCAAGAUCAUAUUUUCAAAGUGUUUGUCAAGCUUAUUCUGAAGUACCCCGGACAUCAAGAUAUCAUUGUAAGACUUGGCUAUACACUUGGAAAUCUAAUGGCAAAAAGUGAUGCUGCAAGAAGAAAGUUCUUCAGUGAAGAAGGUGCAAUGAAUUCACUUCUGGGUCUUCUAAUUAUUUAUUUGGAAAAAGACCAAGAAAUGGUUGACUCACCAAAAGGCCCGAGUAAUAAUGCUCAACAUAAUGCUGGCUCAAGUGGCUCUGUUGAAGAUGUAAUUAUAAAGACUGUCCGUAUCAUUGCAAAUAUGAGCAUUAAUGCCAUCGUGGGAAACAAACUGGCAUGGGACUUCAAAUGCAACAUGUCAAUGAAGAGCGGAUCCUCCAGUGUGAAAGAAGAUGGCCAAUUGCUGGAUAUUCUUCUGAGCUUAUUGCGCCGAAAAUCUAUACAAGAUAGUGAAGAAUUGGUCCAUAGCAUACUGAGUACACUGAACAAUCUCUCCUACUAUCCAUGUAACAGCACCAGCAGCUUAAGUGACAGAAAACUUGAAAUUGCACAAGUUUUGUACUCACUACUAAGAACGACUAACCUUGAGUGUCUCAUUGAGGCAACUAGGAUUUGUGGCAACCUUACCAGAUCCAAGGAUGUUCGUGAUUUUAUUUUUCAAAGUGGAGGCAUGGAACGAUUGUUGACAUUUCUGGAAAGCAGUGAUCAUGAACUUCUGUGUACUACAGUGGGAGUCAUUAUUAACAUGAUGGCGGAUUGGGACAAGAGACUUGCUUUCAGGCAAGAGAAUGGAAUACGAAAAAUGAUAGAUGCACUCGGGAAACAUGGAGAAGAUGAAUGGCUAUUAGCAACCUUCAUUUGUCAAGCUCUUUGGAAUUACUCUAUCGACGCCGUCGAUCUUUACUCAGCAUUUACUGCGGAUGAACUGAACGAACUGCUUGAAUUGUUGGCAGAUUUUCUUGAUGAGGAACGACUGUUUGGCAUAAAAGAAGGUUGCGAGGCAAAUGAAUCGGUGAAAACUAUGGUGAGAUUUCAAGCAUGGGAAGAUUUUUCUGGAGUCGCGACUGAUUUGCUGGAAAGGUUGGAAGCAUUUCUUGACUCACUGCAACCACAAGUGUUAACUUAAACCUUUGUAUUUUCAUGAUGUAAUAAUGUCAUUUCGGAACUAUGACAUGUGAAAUAGUUUUAAAAUAGAUAUCACAGAUCUUUAAUUAUAUAAUAAUUCAAAGUGCAUUUUUUUAUUAAAAAUAUGUUUUACAACACAACAAAA